CUCGAAAAUAUAAAAUUCGGGAUUGAAAAUUAAUCUAACGGGUCUUGAAAUAUGUUUGUAGUGGUGCGAUGUGAGAUAUGUAUAUGGAGUAGGUUCAACUAUAAAUGUGAGUGGCAUAUGUAGGCUGGGCAUAUUUUGUCCGUGAGUCUCGUGAAGUAAACUUCGAACGUCGUUCAUUUGAGUUUGAGAAGAUGGCCCGUACUAAGCAGACAGCCCGUAAAUCGACUGGUGGAAAGGCACCACGAAAACAAUUGGCCACCAAGGCAGCUCGCAAGAGUGCACCAGCAACCGGAGGUGUUAAGAAGCCACAUCGUUACCGCCCAGGAACUGUAGCUCUUCGUGAAAUCCGUCGUUAUCAAAAGAGCACUGAACUUUUGAUCCGCAAAUUGCCCUUCCAACGGCUAGUUCGUGAAAUCGCUCAGGAUUUCAAGACUGAUUUGCGUUUCCAAAGCUCAGCAGUCAUGGCCCUCCAAGAAGCCAGCGAAGCUUACCUCGUCGGUUUGUUCGAAGACACCAACUUGUGCGCAAUCCACGCUAAACGUGUCACUAUUAUGCCAAAGGACAUUCAAUUGGCCCGUCGUAUCCGUGGUGAACGAGGAAAAGUUAAGGGAAAGGCAAAGUCCCGAUCAAACCGUGCUGGACUUCAAUUCCCCGUCGGUCGUAUCCAUCGUCUGUUGAAGAAGGGAAACUAUGCUGAACGUGUUGGUGCUGGCGCUCCAGUAUAUUUGGCUGCCGUGAUGGAGUACUUGGCUGCUGAAGUCCUCGAGUUGGCCGGUAACGCUGCCCGUGACAACAAGAAAACCAGGAUCAUCCCAAGGCAUUUGCAAUUGGCCAUCCGUAACGACGAAGAAUUGAACAAACUUCUGUCUGGAGUAACCGAUCGCUCAAGGUGGUGUACUUCCAAACAUCCAAGCUGUUCUUUUGCCAAAGAAGACAGAAAAGAAAGCUUAAGAAAUUCCAUCUGUGAAGCUGCAUCAAAAAAUCAACCGUCCUUUUCAGGACGACAAAAUACGCAAGCGAAGAUGGCAUAUGUAGGCUGGGCAUAUUUUGUCCGUGAGUCUCGUGAAGUAAACUUCGAACGUCGUUCAUUUGAGUUUGAGAAGAUGGCCCGUACUAAGCAGACAGCCCGUAAAUCGACUGGUGGAAAGGCACCACGAAAACAAUUGGCCACCAAGGCAGCUCGCAAGAGUGCACCAGCAACCGGAGGUGUUAAGAAGCCCCAUCGUUACCGCCCAGGAACUGUAGCUCUUCGUGAAAUCCGUCGUUAUCAAAAGAGCACUGAACUUUUGAUCCGCAAAUUGCCCUUCCAACGGCUAGUUCGUGAAAUCGCUCAGGAUUUCAAGACUGAUUUGCGUUUCCAAAGCUCAGCAGUCAUGGCCCUCCAAGAAGCCAGCGAAGCUUACCUCGUCGGUUUGUUCGAAGACACCAACUUGUGCGCAAUCCACGCUAAACGUGUCACUAUUAUGCCAAAGGACAUUCAAUUGGCCCGCCGUAUCCGUGGUGAACGCGCUUAAGCGACAGAGUUCUUUAAUUUAGAAUUCAAUUUAAGAAAAACGGUCCUUUUCAGGACCACA